AUGCCGUCGAAGUCCGGGUUCACUCUUUUCCUAGGCUCGUUGCUGUUGGCCAGUCCUCAAUUAGGAGUACUCGCUGAACCAUCACACAUCAUUCAAAAAUGGGCAGCAUGGACAACCAGCUACAACAACAAACAUGUUGUUCUGGCAGAAUCACCGCCACCUCCUGGCCCACCCGGUCCAUCUGUAAUUCCAAUUCUGACGACAACUCCAUCAGCUCCUCAGACGUCUCCUCUGCCUCAAUCAACCAAGAGCGAAAAGUCAUUCAACCCAUCCGACGUACCCACAGUAUGGCCCUCCUCCACAGCUGCGGUACAGAAACCGGGAACAGCUUGCACCGAAGACAGCCACUGCAACCUCCCAAACCAGUGCGCUCGCGACCAGACCCCGGCUUGUGAUAAAGUGGCCCAGGUCUGCAAGUGUCUAGCCGUGCCUACGCUUGCGCCUACAUCGGAUCCUACCCCAACAACGCCGACCAAGAACACCAGCAAAGCUCCGUAUCCUAUUGUCACACAGUGGAUCAAGGAUAUGGAGAUCAAGGUCGGCGAGCAGAAAUGCAACGACAAGGUUUCGUUCGGCCAGGAGGUCAUUAGCGGGAGGGAUAUCCUGAUGGAUAUUGAGAAGAUUUGCAAGGCGUUGGAUGAGAAGAAGCUGCGGAUAUCGCCAGAUAGCGGGGAAUACAAAUCCAACGGGCUGGGCACGAAUGGUUCAAAACAUCAUUUUACAAUUUCUUGGAUACAGGGCUGCACCUUUCCGAGCAAGGAGAGAACAAAGUAUGGCAUGAGGGCCUUUGAUCCGAGGGAGACGGGGGAGGAGAUUGAUGGGAUGAAUCGGUGCGAGUACAUGCUGAACUGGAACUGGAAAGAAUGCGAUAAAACCAAUAGCGGCAAAGGAGGGUAUCGAGAUAUAGGCUGCCUGCGGUACGCCACGGGACCGGGAGAAGAGGGCACCAAGGGCACGGGCGACGGUGUCAAGGAGAGGCUAAAGGAACUGGCCAGAGACCUGGGACCGUGGGAGACCAUUUUCUGA